AUGGACGAUAGAUUUAGGCAAUACCUAAUUGGCUUGAGUGAAUGUUUGAAGCGGAUCAGUGAUUUAGUAGCUGAAUGCAAGACACUAGCAGGGAUAGAUGCAAAGAUAUCUUUAAAAGCUCUGGGGUUGUCACUGAGUGGAGGUGAUGAGAAGGAAAGUCAAGUGUUGCUGAAGGAAGGAAUCGGGUCGGAGUAUCCACAACUGACAGAAAGUACUUACGUUGCUAGUGACACCUUCGGAGCCAUAGCUGCUGCGCUCCCGGAUGGUGGAAUUGUCCUGAUAGCAGGAACUGGUUCUAACUGUCAGCUCAUCAAUCCAGAUCUCUCAACGUCUCGCUGUGGAGGCUGGGGACAUCUGCUGGGAGACGAAUCCUCAGCAUACUGGAUAGCUCAGAAAGCCAUCAAGAUGUAUUUUGAUCACGAGGACAACUUAAUACCAUGUCCGUUUGAUGUUACGUUUGUGAAGAAUACCAUAUUCUCCUAUUUUAAGGUGACUGAGAGAGGGCAGCUGUUAAACUCUUUUUAUGCUAAAUUUGACAAAUCACACAUAGCUGGUCUGUGUAAAGAAUUGGCCAUGGCAGCCAUUAAGAACAAAGAUAAGCUGGUCUGCCACAUCUUCAAGGAAGCUGGAGAAAUUCUAGCUAAGCAUAUUGUAGCCGUUGGUCCCCACAUAGACAAGAAACUGUUGGUAUGUAAAGGUGGCCUGCACAUUGUGUGUAUGGGAUCAGUGUGGAAAAGCUGGGAGCUACUUAAGCCAGGUUUUCUUGGAGUCCUAGAGCAGAAAGGUCAAGAUGUUGGAAUUAAGGAGAUCAGUCUGAUGACACUGAAUGUGUCUGGGGCCGUGGGUGCUGCAGCUCUGAGUGCUAAACACAUAGACAUUACCCUACCUAUUGACUACAGUUCCAACGCAGAUGUUUUUUUUCACUCUGAGAUAGGAUCCAGUACCAACAUGUAAACAUAGUCAUUGCUCUACCUAUACCCCCGUCUUGGACACAUCCACUGGGGUAUGCCCAAGACAGUCAUGCUUGAACCUUCAGUUGAUGUAAGCACAAGUCAAAUGGUUGAUUAAUUGAUCUACAAUUCCAACGCAGAUGUGUUUUUUAUUCUGAGAUACAGUUCAGUACCAACAUGUAGACUGGUGGAUAACUUUAUUACACAAACAAAAUUGGACAAAGACGAGCUAUUUGUGAAUGAGUCUGAUGAUUUCUAAUUAUAUAAAUCAUGAAUAUGUCUGAUCAUUUCUAAUUAUAUACCGGCAGAAAAAAAGUUAUUGUGAAAGUAUUUAACGGUACUGAAAGAAAAUGGAAAUCGUUAUCAACGUUUGUUUGUUUUGUUUAACGACACCACUAAUGCAUAUUGAUUAAUUAAUCAUCGGCUAUUGGAUGUCAAACAUUUGGUAAUUGUGACAUAAUUCAGAGGUAACCCGCUACAUUUUUCCAU